AUGGCAGAGAAGCCCAAGCUUCACUACUUCAAUGGACGAGGUCGAAUGGAAACUAUCCGGUGGCUCUUGGCUGCAGCUGGAGUUGAGUUUGAAGAAGAGCUUUUUGAAACACGUGAAGAAUUUGAGAAAUUAAUACAAGGUGGAACUCUGAUGUAUGAACAAGUGCCCAUGGUUGAAAUCGAUGGUAUGAAUUUGGUAGAAACCAGAGCCAUCCUAAGAUACAUAGCUGCAAAAUAUGACUUAUAUGGAAGGAACCUGAAGGAACAAGCCUGGAUUGACAUGUACGUGGAAGGCUUGAAGGACCUAAGUGAUAUGAUUAUGUACUUCCCACUCUCUCUGCCUGAAGAGAAAGAAAUGAACCUUGCAUACAUUCUUGAAAGAGCCACUACAAGAUUCUUUCCUGUUUAUGAGAAGGCACUAAGAGACCAUGGGCAAAAUUUUCUUGUAGGCAAUCAGCUGAGCUGGGCUGAUAUACAACUCCUUGAGGUCAUCUUAAUGGCUGAAGAAUGCAAACCCAGUGUCCUUUCUGGCUUCCCUCUGCUACAGGAAUUCAAGGCUAGAAUCAGCCACAUCCCCACAAUUAACAAAUUCCUCCAGCCUGGGAGCCAGAGGAAGCCCCCCUUGGAUGAAGAAUCUAUGGAAACCGUGAAGAACAUAUUCAAAUUUGAACAUGGCAUGUUUCUUAAAAACAUGGGCACUAUAGUAGCUGAGUAUUAA